UGUGCUUGCUCGAGAUAGACAAGAUAAUAAUAAUAAUGUUGGACAUCGGCAACCGGCCCCCCAAGAUCCAGCCCUUUUCUCUCCGCAGUGCACUGCUCAGGCUCGUGACGAGCUCGCUACUUCCUAAUCACUAUGACUAGGAAUCUGCCAUUGGAAGUCAUAUCUCUCAUUGCAGAAUGUCUCCAUUCUGAUGACUGUCCACUUGCUCAGUACACUGUUGUAUGCCGUCAAUGGCAGGCAGCAUUUGAGUCGUUUAUUUAUUCGAACCUGACAGUCUACAGCGAGGAAGUUGAAGAUGGCGAAGCCCAUAGCGACGUACGAGAGGUACACAAAGAAUUAGGAGAACUUUGGGGGACGGAAUUCUAUUAUCCGCCCAUGCCCGACUGGUACAGCAGUGCCAGUCGGACUAUGAAGAAGAAAACAAAAAAGCCUCUCUCGCUUUCUCGGUUCGCGCAUCUGAUUUCGGGCACUGGUACCGUGCGACGGGGCUGGGUCCGUUACAUCAAAUACCGAAUUGUUGUUCCAUAUCUUAUUGAGGACUGGAAGACAAUAAUCAAAGCUGGAAAUUACAGCUAUAAGAACUCUAUUCGAGACGCCAAUGACGAAGCAUUUAAGUCGGGCAUUAUUGGCCUGUUCGAGGUGCUGAGUUCUUGGAGCGGGAGCCACCGUGUUGCGUUGGAACUCGGUCUGUUUGGACGAGAGUUGGGUAAAGAACCAUGCACUGACGGGCAUCCUGAUGCUGGAGAUUACGACUGGGACUUCACUAAUGGCCGUACUGUUUCUGUGCGGCCGUACCGGGCCCGCUUUCCUCUGAAUGAUGAUGCAUCAAUAUUGCCAAAGAUUACAUGUAUCGAUCGGCUCCUGUUUCUUAACGAGUCGUUUAGGAAUGGUGUCAACAGAAACCACCGCAUCUGGGCUGGUACGGCAUUUCAGAUCGUUGCAUCUUGCCCUACAGUCACAAAAUUGGAAUUGGAUCUGAACGAAUAUGUCCGACCGGACCAUGAAGGUUUUAUGAUGCAAAGACGACAAGCUGUAGCAGAGGGGCUCAAAAAGGUGCCACAUUCCUUGCGAGUAUUUAACUAUAAGAACGGGACCGAGAUGAAUUGGAAAGAGACGAUGCCCGCUUUAAAUCUCCUUCCGCCUUCUGGGAUAGAUCAUUUGUCUAUCAAUCUCCAUGACCUCAGUUUCCGUCUUCGGGAACUGAGAAUAGAACAGACUGCCCUCUCACUUGACUUUUUAUGCCCCUUGAACAGUUCUUUGGAGCCAAUUUCCGAUAUAUCGUCUUGUAUUUGGCCACGUCUUGAAACUAUGAUCUUUGAGCUGGUUCCGAGGGUCACGCCAUCAGGGAAAUGGCUCUUCCAGUACACCCCAGAACGCCAGGCCGAGAUCGACGAAAUUGAUGAUUGGGAUAUGGAAAUCUGUCAUCCAGAAAAUGGCUGGCUAACACGGCAGUUGAUGGAUCUCGAUGCCUUUCACCGAUUAUUCGUCUCAAUAGGCUAUGCAGUGCAGCGGAUGCCUCGUCUAUCCCGGAUCAGAGUUUUUGGUGAUUUUGCCUUUGAAAACGCGUUUGACUUCUUCUGUGAGCGAUCUACCGGGACCUUUACUGCUAGGUGGCUGUCGGAGUCUUCAUAUGAACCAAAUCAGCAGGUCGCCAGCGCCUGGAAGUUUCGUCUUGAGGAUAUGGAAGUCGAUGAUAGAGGACGAAGCUACGGUACUAUUAAAUCUACAGUGAAGUUCCCCGUCUGGCCACCUCUCCCAUAGAGAAAAUGCACCGAUUUCGGGGGAAACGGUCAAUUGGGGAAUUGGGAUUUUCUGUAGCUGAGAUAAAGCGGAUAAACAGAAAGAAAUGAAUCGUUAUGUUUGAUGUGUG